AUGACCACGGGAACUACAGGAACUACUGGAACCUGCGACUACUGGCUCGCCGACAUAAAGCACCAGGGCAUUGCCGCUUUCAACCCGAGCCCAGAUACUUAUCAAGUAUUCAGGAAUGUCAAAGACUUUGGUGCGGUAGGAGACGGAGUUACGGAUGACACUGCAGCCAUCAACAAUGCCAUUUCCAGUGGUGGCAGGCUUAGUCCGGCCCAGGGCGGCGCCACGACCGUGACUCCAGCGAUCGUGUACUUCCCACCUGGUGUUUACGCCAUCAGCGCGAGCAUCAUCGAUUACUACUACACCCAGCUCAUUGGCAACCCCAAUUGCUUGCCUACUAUCCGUGCACUGCCCAACUUUGCAGGCGGACUUGGCAUGAUUGACGGCGACCAGUACGUGGCAGGUGGUAACCUUGGAUUUGGUUCAACCAAUGUGUUCUGGAGACAGAUCCGUAACUUCAUAAUUGACAUGACGCUUGUCCCAGCCUCUAGUGCAAUCACUGGAAUACACUGGCCGACUGCACAGGCAACCAGCAUACAAAAUGUGGUCUUCCAGAUGAGUACUGCCACUGGCACACAGCACCAGGGUAUCUUCAUUGAGAGCGGCAGCGGCGGCUUCAUGAAUGACCUCAUCUUUAACGGUGGCCUCAAUGGUGCGGUCUUCGGCAACCAGCAGUUUACCAUGCGCAACCUCACCUUCAACAACGCCGUAACGGCUAUAGAUCAGAUCUGGGACUGGGGCUGGACUUACAAAAGCAUCAGCAUCAACAACUGCAGCAUUGGCCUCAAUAUGGCGUCGGGCGGUUCGACGGCCCAGAGCGUAGGCAGUGUAACAUUCAUCGAUUCACAGAUCUCGAACACCGUGACAGGCAUCCUAACAGCGCAUGGUCCAGCCUCUCAACCACCUGCUGCUGGCUCGUUGAUCCUGGAGAACGUUGUUUUCAGCAACGUUGAAUACGCCGUUGCUGGAGCCAACAACGCCACAAACUUGGCCGGCGGAAGCUUCACAGUCGCUGCCUGGGGUGAGGGUCACCAGUACACGCCGACCGGUCCUACCAACUUCCAAGGACCCAUCACGCCCAAUGCCCGACCUGCAUCGCUAUUGCAACCUGGCGGUAAGUACUACGAGCGUUCAAAGCCGCAAUACCAGCAGUACGGCGUCUCGAGCUUUCUUUCCGCACGCGAUGCAGGUGCGACCGGAAACGGACGCACGGAUGACACCGCUGCACUGCAGGCUGCCAUCGUCUCUGCAAGGACUCAAAACAAGAUCUUGUUUGUCGACCAAGGCGACUAUCUUGUUUCAUCUACGAUAUAUAUACCGGCCGGAUCUCGUAUCGUUGGCGAGUCGUACAGCGUCAUCCUGUCAUCCGGAGCCUUCUUCAACAAUAUUAACUCUCCGCAACCCGUUGUGAGGAUUGGUAACUCCGGCGAGAGCGGCUCGAUCGAGUGGAGCGACAUGAUUGUCAGUACGCAAGGCCAGCAACAAGGUGCUAUCCUUUUCGAAUACAACCUUAAUUCUCCAUCAAGCUCGCCAUCGGGUAUUUGGGACGUCCACUCUCGGGUAGGUGGCUUUGCCGGCUCGAACCUGCAGCUCGCCCAAUGUCCGACAACGCCAAACACUACCGUCACUUCGGCAAACCUCAACCAGCAGUGCAUUGCUGCAUUCAUGACGAUGCAUCUCACCCAGUCAUCUUCGGGACUCUACCUCGAGAACGUCUGGUUGUGGGUCGCAGAUCACGACGUCGAAGACCCGCAGCAGCGCCAAAUCACCAUCUACGCUGGCCGUGGUUUGCUCGACCAAAGCACUGCGGGCACGUUCUGGCUUGUCGGCACGGCUGUUGAGCAUCACACCUUGUACCAGUACCAGUUCGCCAACACCCAGAACGUUUUCGCGGGCCAGAUUCAGACCGAAACUCCCUACUACCAGCCCAACCCAUCCGCUCCGAUCCCAUGGCCAUAUCAGGCACAGUACAGCGACCCACAGUUCCCCACUGCCACGGUCACUGCUGAUGGUCUGGUGAUUCCGGACGCUGAUGCGUGGGGUCUCCGCAUUGUCGGCUCAUCCACCAUUCUCGUCUACGGCGCCGGUCUUUACAGCUUCUUCAACAAUUACUCUACGACUUGCUCGAACCAAGGCAAUGGCGAACAAUGUCAAUACCGUAUCUUUGAGGUGUUGAACAGCACUGGGAUCAGUGUUUACAAUCUGAAUACCGUGGGUACGCAUGAGAUGAUCGAGCAGGACGGCACAAAUCUGGCGUACUACGGAGACAAUCUAGAUGGGUUUGUCGAUACCGUGGCCUUGUACAGGAGCGGGUAA